AUGAAAAGAUCGUCUGCGGGAUUAAGCAAUAAAUGGUAUGAAGCUAUGGCUUGCGAGUAAUUUCAGACUAAAAAAAAAAAAAAAUUUUGAAAAAAAUUUUUCAAUUUUCUAAUUGAAAUAAAGUACUUGAAGUAUUUUGCGAUUUUCCCUUGAUUUAAUUAAACGUACAUUUUAUAUAGUACAUAAGAUUUUUCUCAAAUGCCUCCGGAGAAGAUAUCAUUUCUCCCUUUGUCUUAUUUGCGCAGUGUAUUUGCUUUUUUAAUAUUUUUCUCUAAUAAUAAAAUAGUUUGAUAAUACUUUAUACUAACGAUUAUCUUUUUGAAAAAGAUUAUAAAUUCAAUUUCGUGAGUAUACUCUUCAAGGUUUUACGCAAAUUCAGGUCAAUAGAUUAAUAAGGUGAUUUAUUAAUUGUGGUCGUUUAACAAUAAAUUUGUUUCCAAGAAAUCAUUUAAGAAAUUUAAAAACUCAAUUGCGAACGCGAAUGUAAAAUUUAAACUUCGUUACGGCAGCACGAAAUGAAAUCUUCUUCUUUGUGAAAAUAUUUUAUUAAAUACAGUUGAAUGAAGAAUUAAAAUUUUGUUAGUCGACGCGACAUUGAAAUGUAUAAAUGAAAAUAUGUCAUAAUAUUGUUAUUUACUUUUCGAAAAUUCACAAAAAAGAUAUCAACAAAAUUUAGUGGAUACGCAAUAACACAUGUAAGUAAGAGCUUAGUUCACAAAUUCUUCAGUAAGUACAAGAUAUGGCACAAGAAUAUACAUUUUGUUACAAUAUGACAAUCAUUGAUAAACUGAAUAAAAUAGAAUCACUAAUUUCCCUGGUAAUAUUUUAACAUGAUCUACAAUUAUUCUAAUUAUAGGAAUAAUAUAUGUAAUUAUUUGGAUCUCUGGGAUUGCUGUAAGGAUUCCUGGGAUUGUUGUAAGAAUCAUCCACUGGAACGAGUGGAAUGUCUAGAGAUUCAAUCAGCUCAACAUCUGAAACUGCUUCCACCUUGGUCACAGGUUUUGUGCAAAUAAAGCCUCCGCAAUUGGUGGGGCAACAUUUACCAACGUCUGAGCAUUGUGCGUCAGAGAAACAGGACUGGCUACAAAUCCGUACUGGCAAAGGUGGUGGACAGGAGCCUGAUCGAUCCCCACUUAAUGAUAAUUGUACGGAGCACGUGGUUACUCUGGCAACGGAAAUCAAGGAUCGUUGGUCCUACCUCGGAUGUUGAACCGCAAUUAGCUGGGCAAAUCCAAUUAACGAAUAAAUCUAAAUCGGGCGGAAGGAAGAUAGUGGUUUCUGCGAGCCCCAGAAAUAAACGAAUGGACGUCUGGACGAUUUCCUGGUCGUUGAGCCGGGGGGAACAACUUCUCUUCUUCUGUAAUAAAUCAAUGAAUAUUAUUGUUAUUAUAUUGAAUGUUGAAACGGAAGGAGUUAUUGUUAAUGAAAGUAAAAUUAAAAGGAAAAUUCGCACAAGGUGAAAUUUCAUCCAUAACAGUCUUUAAGAGUUGAUUUAUAAAUUUAAAAAGAACAUUUGAGGGAAUGUCAGUAUGAAAUUCGUAGAAUUUAGACUUGUUUUAAUAGCAAUGACAAGGUCAGAUUAUCUUAAAUUUCAAGCGUUCGUUUUCAUCAGAUAAUAGAAAUACCUUUAUGUUAGAAAAAAGUAGUCG